AUGGAAACCAAUCCACGUGGUAUUCCUCGGUCCCCCUUUGUGGAACGCGUGGAAGAUUACGUUUCUGAAGAUGAACCUGUCGAGAUCGUUUUGAAAAAAUUCCAGGAAGCCAUUAGUAAAUACAAGUUUAUGGAGAUCAACUUGUUGCAACGUCGAAAGGUGUUGGAGGAAAAGAUACCCGAAAUCGAAAAGACUAUUGCCAUGGUAGAAUAUCUGACGGAAAAACAGGCAUCGGACGAGCCCGUGUACAGUGAUUUCGAAUUGAACGAUACACUUUACGCCCAAGCCAAACUCGAAGCUUCAGGCACCGUAUAUUUAUGGCUCGGCGCCAAUGUGAUGUUGGAGUACAGCUUUGCCGAGGCGACUGAUUUAUUAACCUCCAAACUCACCACAGCAAAGUCAUCCUUGAAAGACACAGUGGAAGAUCUUUUAUUCUUACGAGAUCAGAUCACCACUAUGGAAGUCAAUAUCGCCCGCGUAUAUAAUUGGGAUGUCAAGCAAAGACGACUUGCAAGGGCACAGGCUUCCGCUUCGAAAUAA